UAUGGAAAUCCAACACAGCAAUCAUGAAGGGGCGAUAAAGAGUACAUCUGCAGUUACAUUGACAAGGGAAAAUGAUUUAAAUCUAUCAUCACCAUUAUUGUUGGGGAAACUAGAGGAUAUUUCGAGAAAAAGCGCCUCAACAAGAAUGGGUACUUUUGGUCGCCGUCUACAUUCGCUCUUCAUUGAUUAUAUUAACAAAAAAGAUCAGAAAGAGCCACUGCCGAAGAUUGACGAAUUAAUUGAAGCUGGUUUAACUGUUCAAAGCGAGCCAAACACAUCCAGAUUUAAAGAAAGUAUUCGAUCAAAGUUUAAAGCAUGGGCAAGGAAGUUGAAAGUAGAAAAUGAGAUAUUAAUACAUGCUCAAUCGGGAAAAAUUGUACUCUGUCGAGAAGAUCUCAUCAGUGAAAUUAUGAGAAUUCACUCAAGAAACUAUUUACCAGGAGAUAAACAUGUAUCAGCUAGUUCCGUAUUUCAUACGAUGGACCAGUCUAUUUCCAUGGGCUCGUACCAGUUCGGAUUAAGUGAGGAUGAAGUUCGUGCUAUUGUCAGACAAUGUCAGGAUGUAAAGUGUGCCGCCAAAAGAAUCCGCCGAAACAACAUUUUACAAAAGUGCAAAAUAUUACAAGAUAGAGAGGAACCGAUGGACUACCAACAAGAACCUCUAGACUUGUCAAAAAAGAUGUGUGAAGAAAUUCCAACUCGAAAUACAUUGGAUUUCGUCAUGAAAUUUGAUAUUGAAAACAUGCAAAUCAAAUUUAACGUUACUCCAAAGCAAAUGAAAUAUAUAAAAUUAUUUACAGAUGAUAGCAAGACACCAGAAAUCAAGGAGGAAUCAAAUUCACUCUCAGACCUCCUAGACAACAGUAAAAUUCCAGUUAAUGUAGCUCUACUUCGCGAAGAGACCUUCACAAAGAUAAUUGAAAUAAUAAGAAGCUUUAGAGGAAUUUUGUUUAAAGAAUGCUCUUCCACAACACCAAAAAAGCGUCCAUUGGAGCAAGAGAUAUCAAAACUUCAAGCCUUGAUUCGCCAAGAAAAACUACUUUGUGAGGCUUGCGGUGAUCAUACCAUAGAAAUCAAUGAAGCAUGA